GUGGCGAGGGCGGGGACCGGGUGAAAUCGCCGGCUUGCGAAGAUGCUGCUGGACUUGUCCGAGGAGCAUAAGGAGCAUCUAUCCUUUCUGCCGCAAGUGGACAGCGCGGUGGUUGCCGAGUUCGGGCGGAUUGCAGUGGAGUUCCUGAGGCGAGGUUCGAACCCCAAGAUCUACGAAGGAGCCGCCAGAAAACUAAAUGUGAGUAGUGACACUGUCCAGCAUGGUGUGGAAGGAUUAACAUAUCUCCUCACUGAGAGCUCAAAGCUCAUGAUUUCUGAACUGGAUUUCCAAGACUCUGUUUUUGUUCUGGGAUUCUCUGAAGAAUUGAAUAAAUUGUUGCUUCAGCUUUAUCUGGACAAUAGAAAGGAGAUCAGAACUAUUCUAAGUGAAUUGGCACCAGACCUUCCCAGUUACCACAGCCUUGAAUGGCGACUAGAUGUACAGCUUGCAAGCAGAAGUCUCAGGCAACAAAUUAAACCAGCAGUGACUAUAAAGCUACACCUUAAUCACAAUGGAGGUCACAAUACCAGCAUUCUACAGACAGACCCAGCCACCCUGCUCCAUUUGGUUCAACAACUGGAACAAGCAUUGGAAGAGAUGAAAACAAACCACUGUAGGAGAGUCGUCCGCAACAUCAAGUAGUACCAGUUUUAAGGUUUUAAUCCCUUUGAAUCAUUUAUGAAUUGAUAUCAGCAAUAACUUUUCAAAUUAAUUUUUUAUUGAUGAUAAUAAUACAUCCAAAUUCCAUGAAAUUUCUUUUGCUAUUCCAGGAUAUUGAGGUUAUAAUCAGAAGCUAACAUAAAGUUUAUUUCCUACUGCUAAAUGUAGUCAGAUUGACAGAUUAAGAUGUAGUUUGUAUUUUAAAUGUAUAAAUAGGGUUGAAUCAACUAGAAAUGAAUCUAUACUGUUAUCUUUUAUAUAUAUGAAUGACUGUCCUGUUUUUGCUACUUCUUUUGACUGCUUAACUUUAUUUUCCUCCAUACUGAUCAAAAUAAAAUUCACAAUGUAAUGCUA